GUUUAUGAAAAAUGAUAUUAAUAUUUGCCAUGACGGUGUUCGGUGUUAUAGAAUCAGCAGUAACUCUACCAGCCUCAGUACCAAGUAACGAAUCAUCGGAAAAUGAAGUUAACACUUACGACUUUCCUUUCGUGCCGCGAUCACAAUGGCGCGCCCGUACUCCAAAACAGUUAACAUCUCUAGUAACACCAGUCCCUUAUGUGGUCAUCCAUCACUCCUAUACACCAGGUGCAUGCUACACUGACGAUGAGUGUUGCAAAGCUAUGAAAAGCAUGCAAGACUACCAUAUGGACGACAGGCGGUGGUGGGACGUAGGUUAUCAUUUCGGUGUGGGCAGCAACGGCGUAGCGUACGAAGGCCGCGGCUGGAGGACACUUGGAGCACAUGCUCUACAUUUUAAUUCAGUCAGCAUUGGCAUCUGUGUUAUAGGAGAUUGGAGAAAUUCCACACCGCCUGCAGAACAGUUGAAAACAGUGAAAUCUCUUAUAGCUGCUGGUGUAGAACAAGGUUAUAUAAAGACAGAUUACAAAUUACUUGGCCACAGACAAGUACGCCAAACAGAAUGUCCCGGCGAUGCUUUGUACAGCGAGAUUACGCAUUGGGAUCACUAUUCCCCAUUCCCACAUUCAUCAGCUGAUUUAUUAUCUGUUAAUGAAUUGUCUGAUAGCGUCAAAGACGAUAUAAGAAAUAGUACCAAGAGUUAGUUAAUAGAAAUAAUUAAUAACUAUAUUUCCUAAUUUAUUCUU